AUGAUCAUACACGGAUACACGGGCCGCUUCGCCAAGCACGUAACGAUUAUGUGCCCUGACCACUCAGUUGAGGUGCUCAUGAGCUGGGCUCAUGCGCAGAAGGACGUGCUGAAGCUUGGCGAAGGUACACGCGAGUUCGGGGUACGGCUGGCUGACGACCGAGGGAAGGUGCGUCGAGUCAGGGUCCGGUCCACUCAAGCCGCAUCUGGGAUUCCCGCGCUGCGGUACGUGGUGGCCGAGGUGUAUGUGGCGACGCGCGGCGGGCCUGGGGGCACAGUGAUGCAAGAGGAACUGGCAGAGGAGAUCACAUGGUUGGUGCACAGGAUCAUGACGUACGAGAAGCGAGUGGACCGAGAACAGAUACAGCACUUUCUACAACCCAUUUUUCUACAAGCGUUUAAUGGAGCGUUUCCAGAGGCGGGGCCCCUCUUCAUUGAAGCGGGAUUGGUCAAGAGGGAAGAGGGUAGAUUGGUGUUUGACGAUGGAGAACGACCCAUCACAAUGAUGACGGUAGAUUCGGACGUGCAGAACUUCCUUCGAUAUGACAGGUUUGUGGAGGAGAAGCAGGACCAAAAGGCUAGCUCAGCUGAGAGGUCCAAGGAGGGCCAGAGACAGCGACAGCGACAGCGACGGCGGCGAGGACAAACUGCCCCAAUGAUGGAACCUAGGGGCUCAGCUGCUACUGCCAGAUGUGAGGUCCCCCAGCCCGAAAGACUGGUAGUGCCAGAUGCGAAAAAGUCAUCGGACGUUGCGGCCGAAGAACUGGAGCCGAUUCCAGUGUACGAGCUUCUACGUGGCGGGUACGGCGAGGUUCCGGACCUGCCUCUCCCGCGAUUUAUGUGGACGGGGUCGGUGACCUCGGAGAGACCGCUAGGUAAGGUAAACGCCGUGUGCUUCGCGCGAUCUCGGGCUAGGCGCCAUAUCCGAGCCUAUGAUGGUAUCGUGUUCCCUUCAGAGUCCUCCGUCUACCAAUAA